CAAAAACCAGUGUCCUACUAUGGUCUUCAAAACUAGGCUGACCAGCCUCAUUUGGAGUUUCUGCUGGAAACAGGUUGCUGGCAUUUCUUCCUAAAUCGAAUCAACCUGACCAAAAAACUGAUUUGAUGAAAGAGUCUUUACAAGAUCCCCCUUGCACAGGAUUUCUUUUUCUAUGGGAAAGUCCUCUCCUCUAGAACAUGGGCUCUUCAAACAGAGAUGGUACUAUAGCUUUAAUAAUGAUAUGGAGGUAAGGAUUCAUUCCAAACUUGGUGUCUGGGCUUCUCGGUAAGCAACGGGGCCCACUGCUGUAAUUUGAGAGGAGGAGGAGAGAGACAGAGACACGAGACAGAGAGAAAGAUCCUACGCCAAAAGCUGGAGUCCCGCGUUAGCACCAAUCCAGAUGUAGAACUGGAAAAAAAAAGUAGCCCAAAGCGGUUGCAACAACUCCGGGCAGGUCUCACUCAAAUCUGGACUCAAGCACGCCCUCUCUCCCUCCCCGUUUUUUACUUGAAAGUUUUCUAACGCGCGUGGAGAGGCAGGAGAAAGGAAAACGUGGUUAAGGAAAGUUGGUGGGAAAGAAGCCAGAGGCUCCUCCUUAAGGUUUGUUGAUCUUCCCCAACCACCCCCUUCCCGGGAAAAACGAAGUUCUCGCGGGCAAAUCGGGUGCAACGGAGAACUCUCUGCGGGGAGCGAGAAGGGCCAAGCGACCGCUUUCCCACCGGGUCCCAAUGAAGUCCUGCACGAAGGGCGGUUACAACCAGAGGACUUGAACCAGGCGCGACCGGAGUUGCCUUUGCCCUCCACUUCGGGACGCUUAAGUUUGUCGGGCAGCUUCCCUCCCCCCCCCCCGGGAUGCUGUUGGGGCUCCACUCGUUGUGGCUGCUGAGCUGUUCGAUCAGCUUGUGCCACGGCUAUUUCGACGGCCCGCUUUACCCGGAGAUGUCCAACGGGACGCUGCAUCACUAUUUCGUGCCGGACGGGGACUACGAGGAGAACGACGACCCGGAGAAAUGUCAGCUGCUUUUCAGGGUGAGCGACCGCCUGCGCUGUACAGCGAACGGGGAGGCUGAGCGCUCGCAUCCCGUGGCGGCGGCGCCCACUCUGACGCUGCGCGAGGAAUUCACCGUCCUGGGCCGGCAGGUGGAGGACACGGCGCGCGUGCUGGAAGGCAUCCAGAAGAGCAUUGCCUACGACCUGGACGGCGAGGAAAGCUACGGCAACUACCUGCGCAGGGAAUCCACGCAGAUUGGCGACGCCUACGCCAACUCGGAAAAGUCGCUGGGCGAGCUGGAGAACAAGUUCCGGCAGGGCCAGGAGCACGAGAGCCACGAGGAGAGCAGUCUCAACGACGACUUCCUGGGAAUGCUGGUGCAUGCGCGGGCCCUCCUCAAGGAGACGCUGACCGUCUCGGCGGGCCUGCGGGACAAGUACGAGCUGCUCGCGCUCACCGUCCGGAGCCACGGCGCGCGCCUCAGCCGUCUCAAGACCGAGUAUCUCAAGGGUUGAGCAGGAGCGCCCCUCUUUCCUCCCCCCCCCCUCGGUGGCCACGCGGCGGAACUCUGCCGGGCAAGGACGGGUUUUCCUCUCUGCCACAUCCCGACCGACCCUUUGCUACUGGUACCACAGUGCAGAUCGUUUGCGAAUUUUCAUCAGAGCACUUUGAAAGAGCAAAGUAAAGGGCCUACCUUUA